AUGGAGCUAAUGUCAAUAGAGGAAUCGGUGGCCAUGACGACAACCACAGGGGGAGGGGAGAGGGAGGGUGGGGAGGAGUCUUACGUGGAGGCGCGGGCAGCACCGGUAGCGUGUAAGGCCGUGCGGGCGACGAUCGCGGGUGCACGGGCGACGGUCGCUGCUGCGGGGGCGACGGUCGCGGCUGCGCGGGCGACGGUCGCGGCUGCGCGGGCGACGGUCGCUGCUGCGCGGGCGACGGUCGCGGCUGCGCGGGCGACGGUCGCGGCUGCGCGGGCGACGGUCGCGGCUGCGCUGGCGACGGUCGCGGCUGCGCUGGCGACGGUCGCGGCUGCGCUGGCGACGGUCGCGGCUGCGCUAGCGACAGUCGCUGCUGCACGGGCGACGGACGGGGCUUCGCGCGCGACGAGCGGGGCAGCGCGGGCGACAGACGGGGCAGCGCGGGCGACGGACGGGGCUGCGCGGGUGACGGGCAGGGCAGCGGGAGCGACGAGCGGGGCUGCGCGUGCAACGAGCGGGGCCGCGCUGGCGAUGGGCGGGGUUGCGCAGGCGACGGACGGGGCUGUGCGUGCGCCGGGCGGGGCAGCGCGCGGAAUGGUCGCGGCUGCGUGGACGAGGGUCCCGAGUCCGCGCGGGACGGACGGGGCCGCGAAGGUGGUGGUGAGGAUGGGGAAGAGGGUGAGGGAGAGGGUGAGGGGGAGGGUGAGUGAGAGGGUGAGGGGGAGGGUGAGGGAGAGGGUGAGUGAGAGGGUGAGGGAGCGGGUGAGGGAGCGGGUGAGGGAGAGGGUGAGGGAGUGGGUGAGGGAGUGGGUGAGGGAGUGGGUGAGGGAGAGGGUGAGGGAGAGGGUGAGGGAGAGGGUGAGGGAGUGGAUGGGGGGGAAGGUGGUGGUGAUGAUGAAGGUGUGCAGGAAGGAGAGCUGGGUGGAGCGUCAAGGCGGAUGGCAUGGGGUGCGCGAGAAAGAGGGAAUUGGAUAUGAUCACCAGGAGGAGGAGGAGCAGGAGGAGGUGACGUGGCAGACGCACAAGGGCGAGCUGACAGACAACCAGCGGAAGCUGAAGGAGAAGAUCAUGAAACGACUGGAGAAGCGGAAGCUCAAGGAGAAGAUCAUGAAACGACUGGAGAAGAGCAAGCUCAAGGAGAAGAUUAUGAAGCGACUGGAGAAGGUGAGAAAGGGGAAUGAGGAGGGGUCACGGGGGAAGGGUGCAGCACAUGAGGAGUCUUAUCGCUCCCUUGGUGUCCUCUGCACUCAUGUCUCUGCUCUUAUCGCUCCCUUGGUGUCCUCUGCACUCAUGUCUCUGCUCUUAUCGCUCCCUUGGUGUCCUCUGCACUCAUGUCUCUGCUCUUAUCGCUCCCUUGGUGUCCUCUGCACUCAUGUCUCUGCUCUUAUCGCUCCCUUGGUGUCCUCUGCACUCAUGUCUCUGCUCUUAUCGCUCCCUUGGUGUCCUCUGCACUCAUGUCUCUGCUCUUAUCGCUCCCUUGGUGUCCUCUGCACUCAUGUCUCUGCUCUUAUCGCUCCCUUGGUGUCCUCUGCACUCAUGUCUCUGCUCUUAUCGCUCCCUUGGUGUCCUCUGCACUCAUGUUUGAUCGCUGCACCCCUCUCACAGGUGCAGCAGCACAUGCGGCGCAAGGUGCGGCAGGGGAAGCCAAGGCACCAUGUGCAGCACAUGCAGUGGGAGAUGGAUAUGAUAGAGGCCAAAGAGGUGGGGCCGGGAAGGGAUAGCCUGUGCGCUGCUGUGCAUGUGCUUCCCUGCCCCUCAAAUGGCUGUGCCCACUCCCUUCUGCCCUUCGCCCCCCUCGUCCCCCUCGCCCCCUCCGCCCCCCUCGCCCUCAUCACAGGUGCAGCACAUGCAGUGCAGCACAUGCAGAGGGAAAUGGAUGUGAUCGAGGCCAAGGAGGCGGGGCAGGGGAGGCAGGGGAAGCCAGUGCAGCACAUGCAGCGGGAGAUGGAUGUGAUAGAGGCGAAGGAGGUGGGGCAGGGGGGGCUCACGGCAGGGCAGCAGACACAGAUUGCCCGCAACAAGACUCGCAUUCAGCAGGUGGGUGGUGGGGAGGGAUGGGGAAGAGUGGGGAGGGGUGAGGGGGGAGGAAUGCCUUUGAGGCGUCUGAAAGGGCGAGCUGACAGGAGGGCAGCAGAUGCGGAGUGCCCGCAACAAGCUCGCCCUUUCAGAGUGCGCAUACAAAAGCUGAUGGAGGAGGUGGAGAGCAUGGAAGAGCGUCUGAAUGGGAGCACUUUUAGCAUAUUAUCUUCCUUUACCCUCCCUUCCCCACCCUCCUCGCCACUAUCUUCACUGAUGGAGGAGGUGGAGAGCAUGGAGGAGACUCUGAACGAGAGUAUUCAGGAGUCGGUGGGGGCAAAGGCAGGCAGGAGGAAGGGGAGAGGAGGACGAGCGGUGGAAGAGGAGGAGGAUGAAGAUGACAGCCCUGGCAAGGCUGAGCUUGUGGGCGCAGCGCAGCACAGGUCUGGUUUUGAGAGUCGACUCGCGCAGCACAGCUCUCUCUCCCUUGCUGGGGCAUCUGCCUGCACGCUGUUCCCUCUCCACACCACAGACGCCGCGUUGUUCGACUGGGAGUUCUUUGAUCGAGAGCGGAGGAACCGCCACCACGGACAAGCUAAAACUAGUUAUGAGUAUUUGCCUAUGACGACGAUGAGUUCUUUGACCGCGUGCAGUGCAACCGCCACCGCAGGCAAGCCAGAGUCAAUGAGUUUCCCCUCUGUGCAUGUGGCGACGAUUCGUCGUUUCCUCUCCAUCCUCUGUCCAUCCCAUGUCAUCCCCCUUGCCACCCCCAGUGAUGAUGAGUUCUUCGACCGAGUGCAGUCGAACCGCCACCGCAGGCAGGCAAGAAUCGCCCUGGGAGGUGUGAAGAGUGCGGGAGAAGGGGCAGGCGCGGCAGGGGGAGCAGGAGGAGCAGCAGCGGCAGGAGGGCGGAAAGGGGGAGGAGGCGGAGUGGUGACUGCGGUUGACCUGCUGGAGGAGAGGCAUGGGCUGCUGGAGCGACUGAGAGAGGUGGAGGGGCAGGUGGCAGAGGAGAGGAGGAGGCGAGAGGAGGCGAGUGGGGGGGAGGGAGGAGAGGGAGGGAGGGGAGGUGGGGAGGGGGAGGGCGGUGGGGAGGGUGGUGGCGGUGCGGAGGCACUGGAUCCUCUGGAUGCAUUCAUGUCGGCUGUGACAACAAAGAUAGAAAUGGACAAAUUAGGGACGCUGACAAGGGAGGCCGCCCGGUUGUCAGGCGAGCUGGAGCGGGUGGCAGCGCUGCUACAGCUGGCAGAUCCAUCAGGAGAGGCCGAGGCCAAGUGGGUCCCUCCCGUUGAGAAGGGCAAGAAGAGGCAGAAAGAGACAACCACACUGCCUGCUUCUGCUGCUCCUGCUACUGCUGCUGCUACCGCUUCUGCUGCUGCUGUUGGUGCCUCUUCUGCUGCCCCUCCUCCUCCUCUUGCUGCAGCUGGUGCUGCUGCCCUUUCACCUCCUGCUGCUGCCGCAGCUCCUGCUGCUGCUGCUGCCGAGGAAGCCGACGAACCAGAGAAGGGUGGUGGAAAGGAGUUGAAGCGGCAGGAGGCGACAAAAGGGAGGGGCAGUGUGCUCGUCAGUGCAGCAGCCCAAAGCAGCGGUGCCCGAGUGGGACCAGAAGAAGCAGCAGAUGUGGGGAUCCAAGGGAGGGAUGGGAACGAGGGAAGUGCGGCAGAGGAGGUGGAAGUGGGAAAGAUGGAAGAGAAAGGGAGGGGAGGGGGGAGAGGGGAAGCAAGGAAGCAGGAAACGGCAGGAGGGAUUGUGGGAGGGAGGAAGAUUGAUGAGAAAGAGAGAGUGGGAGGGAGCAAGAUUGAUGAGAAAGAGAGUGUGGGAGGGAGGAAGAGAGGAGGAGGUGGGGAUGUCAGUGACGGUGAGAGUCGGAGCAAGCGGAGCAUUGCUGCUGGUGCUGGUGCUGGUACUGGCAGUAGUGGUGGUGGCGGUGGAGGGGGAGGUGAGGGGAAACGGCGGAGGGUGUUGGGGCCAGCGAAGCCCAAGUUUCUGGAGGAGGCAGCAGCGGAGAUGGAGCAAGGCACCGAGGCCUGGAUGCCCCCGCAAGGUCAAACCGGUGAUGGCCAAACCCUAAUGAACAAGAAGCUCGGGUACUAA